UUUCAGGGUGCCAACGGGAGGUGGAGUCCGGGCCGCCAACUUGCGGGGGUUUCCCGCAGUGGCGGAGCGGGGUCUAGGGUUCGAGACUGAGUCCCGGGAAAGGGUGAGUCUGGACGGGACACCGAAGCGGCGCGCCCGGGAAGUCAUCUGGAAGAAGGCUUGAGGACUGGAUGCACUUAUCAGAAUGUGGGCGGGAGGGAGCCCCCACUCCCUCCGGGCUGGCCAGAUAUCCAGCGGGUGCACAGCGCAGAUACUCCCCUGACAGGGGAGGUUUGGAGGUGGUAGAGGGUCCGGAGGUGCUGCUUCGUGGGUACACACCUCACUCCGAUUCUAUCUUCAAAGCUGGUCCUGGGUCCAGUGGAGACAGGAAGGAGGAAGUGGCCACCUCAAAAGUCUCUUUCUCAAGAUGUCAUCCCAGACGGUGAGGAAGCUGGCUCGGAGGGGAGCCCAGGAAUCUGGCGGUUAGAACAUUCUUCUCUUUCCAGCGCUGUCUUAUAUCAGUAACAUCUCCAGAGUCGCUGAUAGUCUGGUGAAACUGGAGACCCGGACCAGGAAUCGGGGGUACCAAGCUGGUCACAAGACCGCAUUGAAGCCUCACAGUCAUCUUUCCAGUCAACAUUCUCAGCACCUCCACUUUCCAGAUGGGGAAACUGAGGCCUGCAGUGGCUAAGAGAAUUGUCUGAGUUGUCAUAAGAAGUCCUAGGAUGCACACCCAGAGUCAGCUUUGAGGAGCAUGCCUCUCUGUCAGAAAGGGGCUGCUGCAAAGGGCAGCAAGCCUCAUAGGGACAGAGCUCAGCCUAUGGCUGACAUGGGAGGUCUGAAGGUACUUCUGCACUGGGCUGGCCCUAGUGGUGGAGAGCCCUGGGUCACCUUUAGCAAGUCCUCGCUGACGGCCGAGGAAGUCUGCAUCCACAUCGCACACAAAAUUGGCAUCACUCCACCCUGCUUCAAUCUCUUUGCCCUCUUUGAUGCCCAGGCCCAAGUCUGGCUGCCCCCAAACCACAUCCUAGAGGUCUCCAGAGAUACAAGUCUGACACUGUAUUUCCGUAUGAGGUUUUAUUUCCGAAACUGGCAUGGCAUGAAUCCUCAGGAGCCAGCUGUAUACCGCUGUGGACUCCCAGGGGCUGAGACUUCCUCAGAACCGACAGAGCAGGGGGUGCAACUCUUAGACCCAGCCUCAUUUGAGUACCUCUUUGAACAGGGCAAGCAUGAGUUUGUGAAUGAUGUGGUAUCCCUGUGGGAGCUGUCAAGUGAGGAGGAGAUCCACCACUUUAAGAAUGAGAGCCUGGGCAUGGCCUUUCUGCACCUCUGCCACCUCGCUCUCCAACGUGGCAUCCCCCUGGAAGAGGUGGCCAAGGAGAUCAGCUUCAAGGACUGCAUCCCACGCUCCUUCCGGCAGCAGAUUCGGCAGCACAACGCCCUUACACGGCUGCGCCUGCGCAAUGUCUUCCGCAAGUUCCUGCAUGCCUUCCAGCCAGGCCACCUCUCUCAGCAGAUCGUCAUGGUCAAAUACAUAGCCACCCUGGAGCAUCUGGCCCCCCGCUUUGGCACUGAACGCAUACCUGUGUGUCAUCUGGAGCUACUGUCUCAGGCCGAGGGAGAGCCCUGCUACAUCCAGGAUAGCAGGCGGGCCUCCGUGGACCACAGCCUGGAGCCUGCCGUGGGAUCCCCCACCCACGAGGUACUGGUGACAGGCACUGGUGGCAUCCAGUGGCGGCCAGUACAGGUGGAGGGUUCUAGUGACGUCAACGACAGCAGCAGGAAUUCCCAAACCCACCUGUCUGGGAAGAAAGCCAAGGCCCGUGAGGCGGGUGGCCAGACAGCAGACAGGCCAAGGGAGCCACCCUGGACCUACUUCUGUGACUUCCAGGACAUCACGCACCUGGUGCUAAAAGGGUGCCGUGUCACCAUCUACCAGCAAGACAACAAGUGCCUGGAGCUGAGACUGCCUUCCCGGGCUGCGGCCCUGUCCUUCGUGGCGCUGGUGGACGGCUACUUCCGCCUAACAGCAGACUCCAGCCAUUACCUGUGCCAGGAGGUGGCUCCCCCGCGGCUAGUGAUGAGCAUCCAGGAGGGUAUCCAUGGGCCCCUGCUGGAGCCCUUUGUGCAAGCCAAGCUCCAGCCAGAGGAGGGCCUCUACCUUAUCCACUGGAGCACCGUCCACCUGCACCGCCUUAUCCUCACGGUGGCCCAGCCUGACCCGGCACCUGGAGUGCAGAGCUUGCGCAUCCGGAAGUUCCCCAUCGAGCAGCAGGAUGGGGCCUUCGUGCUGGAGGGCUGGGGCCGCUCCUUUGCCAGUGUGCAGGAGCUGCGGGGAGCCCUGCAGGGCUGCUCCUUGCGGGCCGGGGACGACUGCUUCUCUCUGCGUCGCUGCUGCUUGCCCCAGCCCGGAGAAAUCUCCAAUCUCAUCAUCAUGCGCGGGACUCGGGCCAGCUCCAGGCCACUUAACCUCAGCCAGCUGAGCUUCCACCGCAUCCACCAGGAUGAGAUCACCCAGCUAUCCCACUUGGGCCAGGGCACAAGGACCAAUGUAUAUGAGGGCCUCCUGAGAGUUGGGGGCCCUGAGGAGGGCAAAGCAGAUGGCGGGGACUCCCCCAAACCUGGAGGGGGCUGUGGGCAGCAGCUGCGAGUGGUGCUUAAAGUACUAGACCCCAGUCACCAUGACAUCGCCCUGGCCUUCUACGAGACGGCCAGCCUCAUGAGCCAGGUCUCCCACGCACAUCUGGCCUUCGUGCAUGGUGUCUGUGUGCGCGGCUCCGAGAACAUCAUGGUGACGGAGUACGUAGAAAACGGGCCCCUAGACGUGUGGCUACGGCGAGAGAAGGGCCAUGUACCCAUGACCUGGAAGGUGGCAGUGGCUCAGCAGCUGGCCAGCGCCCUCAGCUACCUGGAGGACAAGAACCUGGUUCAUGGUAACGUGUGUGGCCGGAACAUCCUGCUGGCACGGCUAGGGCUGGCAGAGGGCACCAGCCCCUUCAUCAAGCUGAGUGAUCCCGGUGUGGGCCUGGGUGCCCUCUCCAGGGAGGAGAGGGUGGAACGCAUCCCCUGGACCGCGCCCGAGUGCCUGUCUGCUGGGGCCACCAGUCUGUGUACUGCCGCUGACAAGUGGGGCUUUGGUGCCACCCUCCUGGAGAUCUGCUUUGAUGGGGAGGCCCCCCUGCAGGGCCGCGGUCCCUCUGAGAAAGAGCGGUUCUACCAGAAGCAGCACCACCUGCCAGAGCCCUCCUGCCCAGAACUGGCUACCAUCACCAGCCAGUGCCUGACCUAUGAGCGGGCCCUGCGACCUUCGUUCCGCACCAUCCUGCGCGACCUCACUCAGCUGCAGCCCCACGAUCUAGUGGACGUCUCCACUGUAAAUCCAGACUCACCAGUGUCCGACCCCACGGUUUUCCACAAGCGAUACUUGAAAAAGAUCCGGGAUCUUGGUGAGGGUCACUUUGGCAAGGUCAGCCUGUACUGCUAUGACCCGACCAACGAUGGCACAGGCGAGAUGGUGGCCGUGAAAGCCCUCAAGGCGGACUGCGGGCCCCAGCUCCGUUCUGGCUGGAGGAGGGAGAUCGAUAUCCUGCGCACGCUCUACCAUGAGCACAUCGUCAAGUACAAGGGCUGCUGCGAGGACCAAGGCGAGAAGUCAGUGCAGCUGGUUAUGGAGUACGUGCCCCUGGGCAGCCUCCGAGACUACCUACCCCGGCACAAUGUUGGGCUGGCUCAGCUGCUGCUGUUUGCUCAGCAGAUCUGUGAGGGCAUGGCCUACCUGCACGCGCAGCACUACAUCCAUAGAGAUCUAGCUGCCCGCAACGUGCUGCUGGACAACGACAGGCUGGUCAAGAUUGGGGACUUUGGCCUAGCCAAAGCCGUGCCUGAAGGCCACGAAUACUACCGCGUGCGCGAGGAUGGGGACAGCCCUGUGUUCUGGUAUGCCCCAGAGUGCCUGAAGGAGUGUAAGUUCUACUAUGCGUCUGACGUCUGGUCCUUCGGGGUCACCCUCUAUGAGCUAUUGACAUACUGUGACUCCAGCCAGAGUCCCCCUUCCAAAUUCCUGGAGCUUAUAGGCCUCACCCAGGGACAGAUAACUGUGCUGAGGCUCACUGAGUUGCUGGAACGAGGGGAGAGGCUACCACGACCUGACAGAUGUCCCUGUGAGAUCUAUCAUCUCAUGAAGAACUGCUGGGAGGCAGAGUCCUCCUUCCGCCCUACCUUCCAGAACCUCAUACCCAUCCUCAAGAUGGUCCAUGAGAAAUACCAAGGCCAGGCUCCUUCAGUGUUCAGCGUGUGCUGAGGCACAAGGGCAGCUCUGCCUGGGGGAUGUGCCCAGGCAGUACCCAUGGAGAGGGCUCCUACUCCCACCCCAAGAGGAGGAAGCUGACCUCACACACCCCUUGUGCCUUACUCCUGUCUGGAGACUCCAUCUCUAUGAACUGACUUCACUUCCUUGGCCAUGAACCUGACCAUGACCCUGAAAGACCCAGGAUAGGCAAGGGGCUAAUCAUGUCCUUGGAUCCCAUCCUUUUGCCUUCCCCCAACUCCCAAUUUGAAACCCACCAUCUUCACUGGCUGGUAAUGAAACUCAUAAUUCCUUGCUGCAGGCUGUGGCCUUUGGGGCCCAUCUUCAGCAAAGUGGGUUUGCUAAGGUCUACUUUGGGGGACAUGCAGCUAGAGUGAGACUGAAGAGGUAGCAGGAUUCAGCUUUUAAACUUCUGCUUCUGUCUGAACCAUUCUGGUCGGCUGGGGUGGAGCUCAGUGGUAGGGCGCAUGCUUACCAUGAUGGGGGCCCUGGGAUGUCUCUAGCUCUAAUAGUAAAAAGUUAAGCCACCUGCUCAGUCUGUGCCUGGUACACAGAAGGCACUAAGUAGCCACUUGUUAAAUGUACAAAAUACUGGGGGGGGGGGCACUUGUCACAUAGACGUGACCUAGCCAGUUUCACUCUUUCCUUCCUGUGCGGCCACAGGAAGGAAAUGUAUUCACCUCUUUGGGCUUCAUAUCUCAGCUGUGGGGAUGGUGGUGCUCAGUACCUCAUAGGAUGGAAGUGUAAAGAGCUGACGAAAUGGUGUGUGUAAACUGCCUAGCAGGGAGACAUGCAGAUGAUGCUUAAUAAACAUUUGAUAUUAUUGUU